AACAACUUUCUAUGUAUCAAUAAAGAUUUUUCUAAAAAGUUCUUCCGGGAAACGUCAUCAUCACGCGACAAUAGAGUUGUUGCUGUGCAUGGAAGCUUUUGUCGCUUCUUCCUUCACAGCCGGGGUGGACACUGUUGACUCUGAUUUCUGAGUCCUGAUGACGACAUCUACUCGCAGUAAAGUGCUGGCUCUGUACAUGCGCGUGUUUCGCAUUGCUCGGACCUGGCAGGCACAGAGUGGUGUGAAAAGUGACACACAGACUGAGAGAGAGUACAUUGUGCAAGAGGCGAAGACUCUCUUCCGACAGAACCAGCAGCUCGCUGAUCAAGAGUCAAUAAAGAAGUGUAUAGAAGAAUGUGACGCAAGGAUAGAAAUUGGUAUGAGUCUACAUUACAGGAAUCCAUACCCGCGAGCUACCUACCUCCCACCACUGGGCCUCGCCACUCAGAAAGGCAGGAAGCUGCGUGCACAGCAGCGCCUCAGGAAGCAGGCCAAGCCAAUUUACUUAGAGUCACAUGACGACACCUGAUGGCCGGUGUCCUUGAUCCUCGUCUCAGGGUCUGGUUACGGAGGACCGGGAAAUGGAGCGCAAGCACCUGGUGAUAUUAUCCACAAAGUUUCUGCAAGAGUUCAGUGAUGCAAGAACAGCCACCAGUCAGGAAAAAAAACAUAGUCGGUGAGGAGCGACUGAUUGGGUUUCAUCCAAGAGGGGGGCUUACUUCUGUUGCAGAUCAGAUUGUAUAUUGUAUUUUAUUUUAUUUAUCAUGAUGUCAACCAACCACUUUGUUUAUUUGUGUUAUAAAAAGUAUUCAUGUAAAGGACAAACAAACUGCAGAGUCUCUCUUUAUUGUCAUACUUCCUAUACAUUUGCAGAUAAGUUGUAUUUAAGAAAGAAAAUACAUUUUAUGGUUGCUUAACAGUACAGAUAAUCAGUUGUCUCACAGGGCUAUUUACGCUCAAAAGAGAUUCCAUGCAGGUGACACCUGUUUGGUGUUAAAUUUCUUCCAUGGAAGCUCUGAAGAACUGAGAUCUGGGUAAUGUGUCAUAAAAGAUGACAGAAAAGUAUUUUCCUGCAUCUAGUAUCUUAACAGACGUCUGCACAUUUGCAGGAAUAUGACACCUGCUUGCUCCACAAAACAUUGAAAACUUUGACAGAGACUAGAGUUUUUGUUUUUGUGGUUUGGGGUUUGCC